AUGAAAAAUCAACAUUAUCUUACCGAUGCUACUGUGAAUGCUAUUUACAAACAAAAUAAAAAUAUCCAUCACGAUCAAUGUCUUGUUUAUAAUCAUGAUUAUGUUCCAGCACGUGAAACACCAUUGAGUGCAUUAUUAUCUACUAGAAGUUCGCCCAUUGAAUUUACUUUAAGUCGUCAAAAAUUCGAAGCAAAUGCUACAGUGACUUGUGAUGAACAAAAGAUUGGAAUAGGCUUUCGAUGUGAACCAUCAAUGACGUUGGGUUGUGUUCAAGAACUUGCUUGUCAAUUAUGGAAAUUAAACAAACGACUUUAUCGGUUAACUCUUGCUGGCGGUUCAAAUAUUGAUGAGGAAUAUUCAUUGGAAGAUACGGACGAAGCUAUAAAUGAUCUACGAUUGAACUUGAUUUCGAUUGCUGAUGUCAAAUGUAAGAUUACAUAUGGAGAUGAAGUCAUCAUCGUGUCGACAACCGAUGAAACUAUUCUAUCGUCAAUUCUGCAAGAAAUCUUACAACAACGCUUGAUUCCAUUCAAUGAAUUAGAUAUGUAUGCAUUGUAUCUAAUGGAUGAUCAUGAGAAUCCAACCAAUGUCGAUCCUGAAACAUCUAUUCAUGAUAUUCGAUCAGCUUCUCCAAAUGGAUUGGAUAUCAUACCGUUUCAAUUACAAAAGAAAUAA